AGCUGCAAUGAAGGCAGGAGGAAAAUUAUUAAUGCAGAAGAGGCCCAAUCUCUAUUGGACAGCAUGUGCAGCUCAUUGCAUAGACCUUAUUCUUGAAGAUAUUGGUAAGAAAAGUAACGUGAAGAAGGUCUUAGAAGAUGCAAGAACAAUAACCUCAUUUAUUUACAACCACACAUGGACAGUGAAUUUCAUGAAGAAAUUCACAAAUAAUAGAGAGUUACUUCGCCCUGCCAUCACUCGAUUUGCCACAAAUUUCAUUGCUUUGGAGACUAUUGUCAGGCAUAAACAAGCACUAAGGGAAAUGUUUACAUCUGAUGCUUGGAAAAACUCAAGGUUUGGAAUGGCAAAAUCAGGCCCAGCAUAUGAUUCGAAGAAAAUUAUCUUAGGCAAAGAGUUUUGGCAAAAGGCCUCUGAUAUAAUUAAAGUGCAAGAACCCUUGGUGAAAGUUCUUAAAUUGGUUGAUGGUGAUGAAAAACCAACCAUGGGCUUCAUAUACGAGGCAAUUGAUAGGGCGAAGUUGGCCAUUCAAAAAGAUUGCCGGUUUUACAAAGACUAUUGGAAAAUUAUUGACAACCGGUGGAGUUUUCAGUUGCACCAAGAUUUGCACGCUGCUGGGUAUUUUUUGAACCCACAAUUUCUUUAUGGUGCCCCACCCUCUCCUGAAGUUGCUAGAGAAGUCAUGGAUGGAGUUAAAAAAGUGAUAACCAAGUUGGUACCCGAUAUAGAUACUCAAAUUCGGGCUAUUAAUCAAUUGUUGCUAUAUCGAGAUAGGCAAGAGACUUUUGGAACCCCGUUGGCUCAAAGGGCAGUAAAACAAACAAAUCCUGCUGAAUGGUGGAUUCAUUAUGGCUUGUGUGCUCCUGAGCUCCAAAGAAUAGCAAUUAGAGUUCUUAGCCAGACCACAUCAGCUUCGAACUGUGAGCGUAAUUGGAGCACCUUUAGCCUCAUCCAUACGAAAACAAGAAAUAGAUUAAAGUACAUGAGACUACAAAAACUUGUUUUCGUACAUUACAACAUGAGGUUAAAGUUAAGACGUACAAUGAGAAGAAGCCAACGAGAAAUUGAAGAGGGUUUCAAUCCUAUCAAUUUGGAUUACAUUUUCGAAGAAGAUGAUCCUUUAAGUCAAUGGUUAGAGGAGAGAGAGACACCACUACUCGACGGUCAGGACAAUUCAAAUUGGUUAAAUGAAGAGGUUGGUGGUACUACAGAAGGAGGUGAUCAACCACCAAUAAACGCGCAUGAUGAUUCAAGUUCAAGUCCUGAACGCACACAAAGUGAUGACAAUCUUGGUUUGAGCCCACCAAGUGAUGAUGAUGGUAAUAGUGGUGCUGGAGCUGGGGUUGGGGGGGGGUGGCAGUGGUGGUGGUGGAGGCGGCGGUGUAGAAUAUAAUUAUGGAUAUGAUACAGGGACAUCAUUUGGAAGGGAUAUAUAUCCUUCUGAUCCUUAUGGACUACAUGACAUACCUGAAAAUUAUGACUUGGGUAUUCCUCCAGGGAACCAAUCUUCACAACCCAGGAGAAGGAGUGCUCGUGGUGACCCUAGCGAUUCUACUGAAGAUUCAUAUGGUGUGGUUCGUAGUUUUGGCGACUUUGGUUUAGAUGGUUCAUCAUCACAAUCAUAUGGAUCUCAUCCAGCAUAUCCACAUUAUGCAUCUCGUGACUCACAUUUUUAUCCCAGUGGAUCAGGAAUCUCAGGAUCUAGUGAGUCUUCUUCUACACACUACCCAGAGCCAGCCCCUGCCCCAACUUAUAGACAUUAUUCAGGAGAAUUUUCAUCACCAGUACAUUUUCAAGAGCAACAACAAAAUGACGCAAACUUGGGUUCAUUUAACUAUGUAUUUCCACAAGGAUGGGGAGAUAAUUUCCCAUCCCAAUCUCAAGAUACAGAUGCAAAUUAUGAAGACCCUCCACGUCAUUCUUUUUGGUGGUGACAUGAGUUAUGUUAUAAAUUUGUAAUAUUGUAUUCAUGUAUUUUCAACUAUUUAUUGAUAUUUGAUAUUAAUCACUUUUUAAAUUCAUGUAUAUGUAAUCACUGUAAUGUGUAUAUUGAGUAUUAAGUCUAUUGAGUAUUGAUUCAUUUUUAGUAACUUU